CCCGUUUUUCUUUUUGUAAUCAUUUCGCAACCAUCACGACCAAGCGUUUCAUUUGGACUAUUAAAAUAAAACGAAACAUCCUUACAGCGAAUGAUCGCGGUCAGCGUUUUGGGUCAUGGAAAACAGCAGACAACAUCUCUGUCUGGGUGGAGACAAGACGAAGUACAGGAACAACUCCUGCAGCCAUUCCAACAGCUGCUCCGUCAACUGUAACAACAAGAACACGCGCAACCGAUCAAGUGUGGAGGUGCCGCCAUUAUCGUCUGCGGUGGGGACGAGCAUCAGUGAUGUGGAUCUAACGAGUCAUCAUUCCAGCCAAUGUCCGCACUCUCACCGCUCAAAAAGCCGCUGCUCCUCACACAGCCAUUGUACAACCAACCGCAAUGCAAAGUCAAGCCUAUCCCAAUCAUCCAAGGCUGCACACGAUUCUAAUGUAUCGGAGUCUAAAGGCACAAGCCCAAUGUGCGCACACAAUUCUAACUGUUGUGUGUCCAGAGCGGUAGGCACUGACCGUUGUCCAAGACCAUGCAGAAUUAUCCUACCAGCAAAACGCAGGCCUGGACUAUUUUACGAUCUUGAGAAAAAUGGUUUCUUUGAUUGUUUCGGUAACCUGUUAUUAGCAGCCGUUGCCAUAUUGUUUGCCGCCUCUAUUGUCCAUUAUCUGGUGUGGGAUGAUGUACACGAGGAGCAUUUUACUCCAAGAAAACCUCCACCACCAAAGAAAGAAAAGCCCAAACCGCCGCCAAUACCCAAGCCCCCUCCUGCAGCAGUGCCCGAGCCCCCUCAAGUAGCAAUGCCCGAGCCACCGCCACCUCCUGGGCACGACGAACCAGAAAAUGAAAUUCUACCAACACUCGAGGUUCGAGUGAUUCAGGAAACUCUAGAGGAAGAAGACUCCUACGAAGACGAUACAGAUGAUGUCGCUGAGGCUGAAGUUGCCCCAAAGCCAGUGGUUGAAGAACAAGAAGUCGCGGGCGAUGAGCUUGAAAUGGAAGACAUAGACAAACGUUUGGAAGAUGUCCAAGCGGGCGAACCAGUAAAUGAACCGGUGCCUGUAGAAGAACCUAUUAUAGCGGAGCCAAUAAAAGAACCUCUUGUAGCGAAACCUGACUAUGAACCAACGGAUGUAGCUAUGCCUCCAGAAGAACCAGUUGUAGAGCCCGCUGUAGCGGCGCCAGAGAAAGUUAUUUCCGAUGAGCCUCCCGUAGACCACCACCACAUUUACCAAGUGGUAGACAACCCACAAACAAACUUCCACACAAGGCUUGAAGAGAUACGGCGACACAAGAAGAACAUCAAGAAUUCCGGGCGACAAGUGGAGAAAAAAGGAAGUAAAAUGAGUCCAAGGAAAGAGAACAUUCCUGAAGAAACGAAAAGAGAAAAACCGAAAAGAGAAAAACCAAGCAUAGAAAGACCAAACAUAGAAAGACCAAACAUAGAAAGACCAAGCAUAGAAAGACCAAACAUAGAAAGACCACACAUAGAAAGACCAAACAUAGAAAGACCACACAUAGAAAGUCCAAACAGAGAAAGACCACACAUAGAAAGACCACACAUAGAAAGACCAGAAAUAGAAAGACCAAACUUAGAAAGACCAAAUAUAGAAAGACCAAAAAUAGAAAGACCAAAAGUAGAAAGACCAAACAUAGAAAAAACAGAACAACUCACUGCUACUACUUGGUCCGACUGUUUGUUUGGUUUUGGAUCAGACUUUCUUCCAUCAGUGUCUUGGUUUAAACUGCUGUUGUUUGGUGACCGUUAGUUGAACAUCACACGACUAUUAACAUCGACCCCUAGAAAAUUGAUCACAAUGAUUCAAAUGUGUGUUCUAUGCCAUCAAUUUGAAGUUCAUUAAACAAAACGUAUAGCUCA